GAAAAAGGGUAAAAGGUUGUAACUUUUUUUCUCAAAUCAUUUCAUUCAAAUAACCAGUUGGACAAAAAGUAUAAUGAACUUGUCACUCCCUCGAUAUACAAGUUGUAUGAGUUUGCAUAAUGUGUUGUAUGAAUGACGUCACAGAGUUAAAUGUGUGAACUUUGGACUGGCAGUCCCUCUUUGUAAGUGCCUAGGAAUCAAUGAGCAAUGUGCUCUUGCAUACAACACACACCUUAUAAUCAAAAAGAAACAAGGAAAAAGCAAAACAAAAAUGACAACCCACUUUCUAGCAAAGGUCUGAACAAUCAAAGGGCCCAAAAUAAAACAAAACAAAAAAUACAUUGUAUGAUUAUCACAUAUGCCUUUCUCAAAAACCUAAUUUUCACAACGGGACUCAUGUUGAUUUUAAAGUAUAAAAUUAGUCAAAUUAGUCUCAAAGACCGCUCAUUCUAGCACUAGAGAAUCACAAAUAAUUAAUACAACUUCAUAAUAUACUUUAAGCGCUUUGCCACAAACCUUUUUUCUUAAAUCCUGACCAAUGAUUCAUGGCUUAGGUGGCACCAAUCUUGGAUAUGGAGCUUGACCUCUUUACUAUGCUAACAGCAGCAAAGAGUCUCUACUAUAAUUAUGUAACAAAGCAAACAAAUAUAACUUGGGGGGGGGGACUUUCUCAAUAUUACAGAAACAUUGCUUGCCUAUAAUAUCGUCAACCAUGAUUCUAUAAUUCAAACCAAUGUUAACUCUACAGGCAACUCAUUCUCAUGUCUGGUACGUGCAUGAGAGAGUAACAGAUAAAGAGGUGGUGCUUUAACUCCAGCCCCACCCUCUCAUCUGCCUUCCAGUCCUCCACAUGAAGAAAAACUCAUUGUGUAAACCAGAGGACUUAACAGCAGGUUGGGUUCUAAAAGCCUCACAUGGAUACAACAAAGUGACGGGCUAUGACUAAGCUCUGGACGAGACAAAGUUGAUCAUGCCUCAGGUCACACAGCGAAAGGAAGCCUAUUAAAAGGAACAAGAAACUGAAAUGAAACCAGACUGGCUAGUUGAAAUUUCAUGUCACUCUUCUUCGUAAAGAACAUCAACCGGGUAUGGAUCCUCCUUUUAUGAAAGGCUCAAGACUGAGGUCAAGAAUUUUCUGAGCAAUUUGGAACUGUGGAUAUGAAGAAAAAACAUCUAGAAACCAACUUCCUAUGCCGGUAAACAAGGUGGAUAUUUAUUCAACCACAUGCAAAGCAUUCGCCAUGCUUUGUUGAGAGGAAAAAGAAGAUAAACUGAUGUGGUUUGCUCAUGCAAAUGCUUACGCGAGCUUUUUGCACUUUGACAGCAGGAUUACGCAACUUCUGAGUGGUAAGAAGCUCCUUCUGGCAGCUUUGUGAAAUGUACACACACUGGAUUUGUAUACUUUUACAUGGAUCUUCAUGUAAUUUCAUGUUUUGGUUCUGACCUUUAAAAGCACUGACUGACUCCUUUUAAGCCAAACUCUAAACGAUGACAAUGACCGAGAACAAUUCAAACACAAACUGUACCAAAGAUGACUUUAAAUAUGUAUUAUACAGCUCCGUUUUCAGUAUUGUCUUUAUUCUUGGGCUGCUCUUCAACAUGGUGGCCAUGUACAUUUUUGUUUGCAGACUGAAAAUGCGCAACGAGACCACAACAUACAUGCUGAACCUUGUGGUCUCAGACACACUCUUCGUCUUCAGCUUGCCUUUCAGGACGUUCUACUUUAUUAACCGUCAGUGGCCUUUUGGCGUCGCUCUCUGCAAAAUCUCAGUGGCCUUGUUCUACACCAACAUGUAUGGCAGCAUCCUCUUCCUCACGUGCAUCAGUGUGGACCGCUUCCUGGCGAUCGUUUACCCCUUCGCAUCUAGAAGGUUGAGGACCAAGCGCAAAGCUAGAAUCGCCUGCUGUGUGAUCUGGGCGGUUCUGCUGUCCGGAGGCCUAACCUCAAGUUUGGUAAUGGACACCACUUCAUUAACAAACACAAUGUACUGUUUUGAAAACUACUCAAACUCUCAGUGGAAGUCCAAGGUAUCAAAAGUGGUGGUGUUUAUCGAAACCGUGGGCUUCCUGAUUCCGCUGAUGAUCAACUUUAUCUGCUCCAUGAGGGUGCUACAGACCUUAAGACACCCGGACAGCAUCAACCGCGGAGGGCAGCUGAACAAGGCUAAGAUAUUGCGUAUGAUUGUGGUGCACUUGCUUAUUUUCUGUUUUUGCUUCAUUCCGUACAACGUAAAUCUGGUCUUCUACACGCUGGUCCGAAGUCAGGUUAUUACAAACUGCACUGUGGAGUCAGUGGUCCGAACAAUUUAUCCAGUUGCAUUUUGCAUCGCCGUAACCAACUGUUGCUUUGACCCAGUGAUCUAUUACUUCACCUCCGAGACGAUUCAGAACUCUAUAAAACGGAAGUCUUACGCUGCCCGCAAAAACACGCUAAACAACACAAUCGACAACAGUGUUAACAGAAAUGAUUCGAUGAAUAAAAUCACAUCUCUUAAAGUUAAAUUCAUCAUCGAAGAGUCUACAAUAUAACCAAAGUCCAGGCAGCAAUUGUUUUUAUACGCAUUUUAUAUUAAAUUUUCAUCUGAAAACACUCAGCCAAUGUUAGCAAUUGGUUGGCACAAGAAAUAUUGACUGAUAACUAACUGAAGACUACUGAACUUGCAGAAGUAUGAUGUCUGAGUAUCAUCUUGGUGCUAGAAUGGAUGUGUGUUUACAGGCUAAACUCGACUACCAUUUUCUUUAAUGGACUAUUGAAACUGUAAUUGUAUAAGUGUAUAUGACUGAGACCUGACAAAGAAAAAUCAGUAUUUCUGUACAAAGUGCAACAUUUCAAGACAAACAGAUUAAAUAAGCCUUAAAGUUUCUUGCUUUACAUCGAAAAAGUCUAAAUGGCAAUAAUUUAUGUAUCAUGAAGUAAUAAUGAAUAUUUUUUACAGCAUUUAGUAAUCCAGGUUCAUUUAUUUUAUAAAUAACUAUAAGUUAAUUCAUGUUCGUUCAAAAUACACUUUAUUUAUAAAAAAAUGUAUAUGUAGAAAUUAAAUUAUUAAAUGCUGUUGUUCAUUGUUUUUUCAUAUAAGCUGCUGAAUUAACAGUGUUUAUUGAACCUUAUUGUAAAGUGUUACUAUUUAAACAAAGUUGAUUAUUUUGUUUUACAUUUCAAUGUAUUCAUGCAAUAAUAAACCUCUAGUUUAUGUACAGCAAUAUUCAGCAAAACUGCCAGUCUCUUAUAACAAAUGACACUUGGGAUAAAAAUGUUCAGAUAAAAUAUUCCCAUGGGUCGUUUCAUGUUUUUCUUAAGCAAUUCAGACAGUUUGUAUUGUUUUCCAAGCCAAAUCAUGAUUAAGGUAAACAAAUUCCAUUAUAUCCGUUUAGAGGACAACCAGUAAGAGGAAAAGGGAAUGACUCAGAGAACGAUGACAUUAUGUGGGCUUUGGUCUACUGAUUAUAUCAAGGUUUGUCAAUGUAAGAAAUUAAGCUGAUGACGAACAGGUCUGCAGGGUGUGCCACUUAUAUGCGGUUAGAGAUUUAUAUUUUAUCUUUUUUUUUUUUUAAAUGUAUAUUUAUGACGAUUUCUAAUUUAUAUUAUCUUGUCAUUUUAUUUUUAAAUAUCCUUUUUUGAAUACAGUUUUAAAAACAUACGAUGAAGGAACAGAAUGUCCUGCAUUUCUGGAGCGUUGAACAGGACUGAACGAGCCCUGCUCCAUCACUCACACUGCAUUCCUUGCGCAAUCACAUGCUCACAAACACUCAAAUCAUACCUCUAAAGGGCAUUUUAAACAGUAUGCGAUAGGUAGCAGGCUUUGCAUGUGAUCUUGAUGCCACACACAGGAGCCUGAAUGGAAUGAGCCAGUGCAACACUGGCCAAGACAAUUCCAGCUCAAAGCUUGUGAGUUAAAAACUGCAGUUCUGAGAGUGAUUACUGUAAAUGUUGUUCUUUUUUGGAUGUAAAUGCUAAUAAAAUGAACAAUUUCAAUUUAAUGUCAUUUAUUUCUUAACAAAAAGCCUUGCAUGCACAUAAAAAUAGGACAAAGUUACAAAAAUAAAUGAUUCACAAAAUGGCAGAACUCAGGAAAUUAGGAAACUGAAUAUGCUACCUAAAAUGCAUUUUUGGUUAUAAAUAAAAUGCCUAGUCAGAGGAAACUGGUAGAUUGACAAAAAUAGUAGCUUUGUUGUGUGUGUGCCACAAGCAGCAGGAUUGCUGUGCAUUAACCUGGCAAGUGGUUCCACUUCCAGAGUGACCCUAAAAUACAUGUGUGAAUAUCUACAAUGUGUCAGUGUACUCCAUCAAUAACAAGUCUUAACAAGUCCUUAACUUAAAUAAACAGAAGAUAAAACAGCCUUUUAAUCUGAUACUGCCUGUGAACGUUUGUGAUGAUUUGAUUCUGAGAAAACUGAGGAAAUCAGAUGAGAUUUUGGACAUGCAUAGACCAACUAAUAUUUCCUGUGUAGUGCUUAACAUUUAAAUGGGCCAAAACAUAAACUGUCCUGGAAAAAUCCAACUAGACAGCACAAGACAUCCUUGGACAGAGACAGACAAGUGAAAGCAAGUUACUAAAGGGGCCAAGAAUGCAGUAAAAAAAAAAAAAGUUUUGAAAAUUUUCAACAAGCUGGAAAAUAAAUAGCUAUAAUGUCACUCCAUAAAUUCAUUUUGCUGGAAAAUGACGGCACAUGACGUAAACAUUACUAAAUAGG